GUGGGAGCAGCGGAGCAGGGAAAGCAGCGGCGGCAGCAUGAGGCAGAUGGGAGGGCGAUUAUCCUGGACUUUCCAUCCCUCCGCAUCCUCAACACCUACGUGCCAAACAAUGGCUUCUCCAAGAACUCUCUCAGCUUUCCCCGGCGCGCCGAGUGGGACGAUCGCAUCCGUCGGUUUCUCACAAGCGACGCCGUGCGAUCCAAGCCGUUGAUCUGGCUAGGCGAUCUCAAUGUGAGUCCAACAGAGGAUGACGUCAGCGACCCUGAGUUCUUCCGUACAGCAACCAAUGGCGAGCCGGCUACUGAUCCCGGGGAUCGGGGCCAGCCUGGGUUCUCUCUCAACGAACGGAUGAGAUUCGCCGAGACUCUGAAAAGAGCUGGCCUCACAGACGCGUAUCGCCACAUGCACCCCAACAAAGACAUGCAGGCAGGCUUGACGUGGUGUGGCAACCCCGUGGGGAGGUACCGAGGCAAGCGCAUGCGUGUUGACUACUUCUGUGUGUCCAACGACCUUCUACCCAGAGUGGCAGCAUGUGACAUUCAUGGGCGAGGGUUCGAGGGGGACGGGUUUCUUGGAAGUGACCAUUGCCCCAUCACCCUUACCCUUUGGCCCAAAUAA